AUGCUGCUCAACAUCAUCUUGACAACCCUCUUAUCUGCCCUCCCCUCCACGCUCUCCGCACCCACUAGCGACUUCAACUACCAAUGCGGCUACGUCUUCACAAAACCAAACGCCAACGUCCAUGCUGGCCUCUCGGCAUUCAACUCGUGCACCGAUUUCUUCUACAACUCAACGAUCAGUGAUUAUCAGGAUGCUUAUGCGUACAAGCUGUUUGGCGGAUGCAAAUGUGGAUUCUAUGUUGGCUGGGAAGAAUGCGUGAGUAAAGUAGGGGGACCGUUUCAGGAGGGACCUACGCGGGGAGAGUAUUGGGAGGUUGUGAACUUUGCUGAACCAAAGCCGAAGUGGUAUAAUUGCUUCCAAGUUUGA